AUGAUCAGGUUCAUCCUCGUGCAGAAUCGCCAGGGGAAGACGCGGCUCUCGAAGUGGUACGUCCCGUAUGAUGACGACGAGAAGGUCCGUCUAAGAGGAGAAGUGCACCGGCUGGUUGCACCAAGAGAUCAGCGGCACCAGUCCAACUUCGUCGAGUUCCGCGCCUACAAGCUCGUCUACCGCCGCUACGCCGGCCUCUUCUUCUGCGUCUGCGUCGACGCGAACGACAACGAGCUCGCCUACCUCGAGGCCGUGCACCUGUUCGUCGAAGUCCUCGACUCCUUCUUCGACAACGUCUGCGAGCUCGACCUCGUCUUCAACUUCUACAAGGUAUACGCGAUCCUGGACGAGAUUUUCCUCGCCGGCGAGAUCGAAGAGACGAGUCGCGACGUUGUGUUGAGUAGACUGGAAGAGCUUGAGAGGUUGGAGUAG